CUCGCCCUGCACAGGCAGCGGUGCUGCCGCGGUCCAGACCUGCCUCUGCUUUGCCCUCUGCAGCACCGCGGCACCCCGCCACCGCCGGGCUUCAUGUGAGAGAUGGCGAAUGCCGAAGUGAGCGUCCCUGUGGGUGAUGUGGUGGUUGUACCAAGUGACGGAAACGAAGGGGAGAACCCGGAGGAUACCAAAACCCAAGUGAUCUUGCAGCUCCAGCCGGUGCAGCAAGGGAUUUACCAAGAGGGCUCUGAGGCCAGCGCCGCCGUGGUGGCCGUCGAAACCCACACCAUCCACAAGCUAGAAGAAGGGAUCGACCCCAGCACCAUUGAAACGAACGAGGAAAUCGAGAUCGCCUAUCCCAUCACCUGCGGGGAGAGCAAAGCCAUCCUGCUCUGGAAGAAGUUUGUCUGUCCGGGAAUUAAUGUCAAGUGCGUAAAGUUCAACGACCAACUGAUCAGCCCGAAGCAUUUUGUCCACCUGGCUGGGAAGUCUACCCUAAAGGACUGGAAGAGAGCCAUUCGCCUCGGGGGAAUCAUGCUGAGGAAGAUGAUGGACUCGGGGCAAAUCGACUUCUACCAGCACGAUAAAGUUUGCACCAACACCUGCCGAAGCACCAAGUUUGAUCUCCUGAUCAGCAGCGCCAGAGCACCGGUGCCGGGGCAGCAGAGCGUGGUGCAGACUCCUACAUCAGCUGAUGGGAGCAUCACCCAGAUCGCGCUGUCGGAGGAGAGCAUGGAGGAGGGGAUCGAGUGGAACUCGGCUCUGACGGCUGCCGUCACCAUGGCCACUGAGGAAGGCAUGAAAAAGGACACAGAUGAGAUCUCGGAGGACACGCUGAUGUUCUGGAAAGGAAUAGCUGAUGUGGGGCUGAUGGAAGAGGUUGUGUGCAACAUCCAGAAGGAGAUAGAAGAAGUCCUGAGAGGCGUCCAGCAGAGGCUGGGUCAGUCUCCCUUCCAGAUGACAGAUGCUGCAGUCUUGAACAACGUUGCCCACACGUUUGGCCUAAUGGACACAGUCAAGAAGGUUCUGGACAACAGGAAAAACCAGACAGAGCAAGGAGAGGAACAGUUUCUUUACACACUGGCAGACCUGGAGCGGCAGCUGGAAGAGCAGAAGAAACUUGCCAAGGACCAGAAGGCAAAGUCCCAAACCAUCCAGAACGUGGUGCUGAUGCCCGUCAGCGCUCCCAAGCCCCCCAAGAGACCCCGCCUGCAGCGCCCAGCCUCCGCCACCGUCCUCAGCCCCUCCACCCCCAUCCAGCAGCCUCAGUUCACGGUCAUCUCGCCCAUCGCUAUUGCACCCGUCGGACAGCAGUUCUCCGUGGGCAACAUCCCGGUGGCAACCAUUAGCCAAGGCUCCAGCCCGGUGACUGUUCAUACCUUGCCGUCUGGCUCCCAGCUCUUCCGAUACGCCACCGUGGUGUCCUCCUCCAAGACGAGCUCCUCCGACACGGUCACCCUCCACCCGUCCUCCAGCCUGGCGCUGCUGAGCUCGGCGGCCAUGCAGGACAGCGGUGCCCUGGCGAACGUGGCGGCCGUGGUCAACCCCGUGGAACUGGUGGCUAUGGAAUCCGGCCUCACUUCCACCAUCCAAGCCGUGGAAGGCACCUCGGACGACGGGCAGACCAUCAUAGAGAUCGACCCGGCGCCGGAUCCCGAAGCGGACACGGACGAGUCGGAGGGGAAAGCUGUGAUCCUGGAGACAGAGCUGAGGACUGAGGAGAAAGUGGUGGGAGAUGUGGAGGACCAUCAGCACCAGCUGGAGAAACACGUGAGACCUGGAAAAGGCUCCGUCUCCGUGGAGCACUGAACAAUACUGCCUGUUUGCAGGGUCAAGGAGAGACUGGAUCUCUGCUGAACAACCCAACCGGGAGGAACUGGACGAGGGCUCCCGGCGCCGAGAGCGCGCCGUGGCCCAGCCGCACGCAUGGUGCUUCUGCUCCGGGCCUGCCCGGGCCCCGAAUAUUUUAUUUCAGAGAGACAAUAACCAGUGGCUGGAGCGUUGAUGUGACUGUGGGAAGGGGUGACGGCUUUGGGGUGGAACAGGUACCUCAUUCGUAUUUUUAUUUUCCCCCAGGGAAGGGAAUUCUGUCAGACUCUUCGCUGUCACCUCAACUGGGAUUUUUUUAAUUAUUAUUCUUGCUUUGGGGAAGACGACAGUAACCCUGCCUUUACUGUCCAUAUUCUCCUCCUCCACACAAAUUGUUUUUAUAUCUAUAUUUUUUUGUAUUUGUUUGCUCUCUCCCUUCCCUCGUCCAGAUUUCCCAGCUGCAAAGCCCCUGGGACCUACUCUCGCUGGUCUCGGGGUCCCUGUAUCCCAAUCCCACCUCUUCCCGUGGCACUUUUCCCCCAUCCCUUUCCCCGCCUGGCCAGGCUCGGUGCUGCAGACGCCGCUUGGAGACUUCAGCCUUUUGCAUAAAGGCAAAAAAUAUCAACUCGAGCUUAAAACCACAACCUCCCCCUUCGCUGCUCAGCGCUGCAGGGACCUUUCGGGGUGUACAAAGCAUGUUGUGCUGUUGCUUUCCGGGAGAGCUGGACUCCGGAUCGGGGCAGCUUCUGUUUACACUGUGUGCUGGGGCUGCUCCGUGCUUGUCGCUACUUGUUUGGUGGUUUUAUUUUUGUAUUUUUUCUUCUUUCUUCCUAUAAUCUCGUGGCAGGAUUAGAACUGGCACGUUGCUGAAAUAACGUGCACCCCGCUGUUUUCCCUCUU